GAAGAUUGGAAUCAAAUGCAGUCUCAGGAAGAAGAUGUGGCAAUAACUGAGCAGGACCUCGAACUCAUUAAAGAAAGAGAAACAGCCAUCAGGCAAUUAGAGGCAGACAUUUUGGACGUCAAUCAGAUAUUUAAGGAUUUAGCCAUGAUGAUUCAUGACCAAGGAGAUAUGAUUGAUAGCAUAGAGGCGAAUGUGGAAAGCGCAGAAGUCCACGUGGAAAGAGCCAGUGAGCAGUUACAGAGAGCUGCCUAUUAUCAGAAGAAAUCCCGGAAGAAGAUCUGUAUCCUGCUUCUGGGUCUUGCUGUGGCUUCUAUAAUCAUAGGAUUCAUUAUCUGGAAGACAACAAAAUGAAAUCCUCACGUGGAACGUCGUCUCAUUGCAGAGAUUUAUUUUUUUUUCCCUCGGAGCGGACAGGCUGACCAGUCUCGGAAAUGAAUUGACCACCCUGAGAGAGCACAAGCUGGAACUACUUAUAGUAAUAGAUAUUAGCAACUAAUGUGCAAAUAACUAGUAUUUGGAAUUAGUGAACCAUGGAGACAGUAUUUAUGAGUUUAUAUACAAAUUAUAUUGUUUUAUGUAACUGAAAAA